AUGGAAAAUUGUCGCAAAAGAUGCUCAAGUGCCGGAACUAAUUUAACCAGAGACUACCCAAAGCCUAAAAAAAUCCCCAAAAAUAAGCGCACAAACAAUAUCGCUCAGCUUAAAAAUAUGAUAGAGCAAGUAAAUUUUAUUUAGUAUGAUUUAAAAGUCAAAAUCCUUGAAAAAAAUCGAAGAACUUAUGAAAAAUCUCAGCGGUCUUCAAGUGUAAAAAGCGCUUCUCAAGGAGUUAUAGCUAAAUUAGAUAAGGCUACAAGCCCUGAUAUAAUGGACAAAGUUACCCUUAAUACUCUUCCAAGCCCAAGUUUCCAUACAGAGACCAAAAAAAUAAUCUCUCAAAUUAAAUACUCAGGAUCUUCCAGCUCAUCUGAGCAUAGUUUUGCUUGCACCCUAGAGUCAAAAGAUUUAUCAGAAAGCUUCGAAACUUUUGGAAAAUUGGGGAAAGAAACUUUUGAAUCUUCUUAUGCAAAAGAUGAAGAAGACACAAGAAUUAAGCAAGCUAUUCAGCGUUGCAGCCCUGAAAAACAUUAUAAAAAGCCUAGCACUGAUACAUGCUGAAAUUCCAGGCUACUGCAAAACUCAAAACUUACUGAAAUCUUGCAGGAGUCAUAUCAAAUUCCUUAUGAAGCCUCUUCUAUAAAAGAGAUACAAAAUUGGUCAUUAAUUUCUGAUAAAGAAAAUGUAAUUGUUGACUCUGCUGUACCAAGUAAAGAAAUUGAGUAUCUUAAGCAGGAAAAUUUUAUAUUAUUUGCCUAUAAAUAUUAUGCUAUCGUAAUUUUAUCUAUCUAUUUAUAAGCUUUUCAAGAUAUUCAUAUAAAGCAGGCAUAAAAUACAAAAAAAUGCUAGAUUCCUUGCAAUCAUCUUUUAAAGAAUCAUUAGAAACCCAGAAAUCGCAAUAUGAAAAAGAAAUUUCCUCUCUCAAAGAAGCAAUUAUUUCCCUCGAAAACCAGCUUAAAACUAAAGAAGAAAUGUCUGUUGACCAAAUUAAAGUAGACUUUGAGCUAGAAAAAGAAAAAGAAAUCGAGAAACUCAUAGAAAGUUAUGAAAAUGAAAAAGAAGAGCUCCAAGAAAAAUUCCAAAAACACCUAGAACUUGAGCUGUUGAACCAAAAAGAAAAUUUAACAGCAGAAUUCAGAGAAAACAUAGAAAACGCUCGAGCUUUUAUGUUACAAGACCACGAAAAAGAGUACACAAAUCUAAGAGAGCAGCUCAUGUACAGACUUCAAGCCAAUGAAUCUAGAGUAAAGCAAAAAAUAAUAAAAGAAAUCGAAAAAAAAUACAAGCAAGAAGCCAUUGAAAAAGAACAAGAGCAUGAGUUGAAAAUAAAAACGUCCUCAGCUGCUAUUAAGUCAGAAUUUGAAAGGAAAAUUAAGGUUUUAAAAGAAGAAAACAUGGCGCUAAGAAAAGAUGUGGAGUCACUUGAGAGCCAGAUUGAAGAAAACAGAUCAAGGGAACAGUUUAAGUAUGGAGUUGGGAACUCUGAAACUUCAUCUGCUGGGCAUACGAUGGAUUCUGAUAAGAUUUAUUAUGAUUUGCUAGAAAUUAACCAAAAGCUGAAAAAUGAAAAUACUAGUCUUCAUAAUACGAUGCAUAAUAAUCACUUGCUAUGUGGAAAGUGCAAGGCGUUUGUGAAAGUUAAUGGAGAUUUUACGAGCAAGCUGACAAGGCUGAGAUCUUAUCUUGAUUCUUAA